GAGGAAAGCUAAAUCCGAAAAUUAACCACAGCAAACAUCGCAAUCAGACGUCCUGCGUGAUGACGUCUGCAAACAGUCUCUGACAUCCUCCAUAAUGGCGGAACCCUUGUUUCAAUGGGGGCUGUCGUGGAUCACUUGUUAGCCAACUUCGUGUGAAUAGCUGCGGAUUCAUCUCACAGCCUCUUGGUUCGGGUGGUUUACUCUGGCGACUUCAUGUUAAAGUCAAGUGCAGCGGGUCCAUCCACCGUUGCUUCUCUUCAGCCAAUGAAGGAAUUCAAGGAGAACUUCUCGGGCCAAGUGAUUCUGGACCACAUCAAGCCAUGCUGGUACUGGGACAAGAAGGAUUUAGCCCACACCCCAUCUCAGUCUGAAGGCCUGGACCCUGGCACAGAGGCCCGGUAUCGGAGAGAAGGAGCCCGCUUCAUUUUUGAUGUGGGGACCAGACUUGGCCUACACUAUGACACACUGGCAACUGGCAUCAUAUAUUUCCACCGCUUCUACAUGUUUCACUCCUUCAAGCAGUUUCCCAGAUAUGUGACCGGUGCUUGCUGUCUGUUCCUGGCAGGUAAAGUGGAGGAAACCCCAAAGAAGUGUAAAGACAUCAUCAAAACAGCCCGCAGUUUACUGAAUGAUGUGCAGUUUGCCCAGUUUGGAGAUGAUCCGAAGGAAGAGGUGAUGGUGUUGGAGAGAAUCUUGCUUCAGACCAUCAAAUUUGACCUGCAGGUGGAGCACCCUUACAUGUUCCUGCUGCGCUAUGUCAAGCAACUCAAAGGUGAGAAGAAUAAAGUGUGCAAGGUGCUACAAAUGGCAUGGACCUUUGUCAAUGACAGCCUGUGCACCAUGCUGUCUCUGCAGUGGGAACCAGAGAUUAUUGCUGUAGCCGUCAUGUACCUGGCCGGCCGCCUCUGUAAAUUUGACAUUCAGGAGUGGACUGCCAAGCAGUCAUCACGCCGCUGGUGGGAGCAGUUUGUACAGGACGUCCCAGUUGAGUUGCUUGAAGACAUCUGCCACCAAAUCCUGGAUCUGUACUCUCAGGGAAACAAGCCCAUCCCUCAGCAGAUACAGGAGAAGGAAAGGGCCGCUGCUCCUCAGGUCCCCAUUCCUCCAAUCCCACAGGGACUACCCCCAGCACCCAACCCUCCCCCACCACCGCCAAAGAAGACUUCCCCUCAGGGAGGCAGCCCUGCACUCCAGCUCAAACGCUCACAUACAUCCCCCAAAGAUGAACCAAAGGCUCCGGAACAAGUUGGAUCAAAGAUUCCCAGACUGGAGAGCCCCAUGCCCCCUCUGCCUACAUCACAGCCUCCCCCAGAGCGCAAAGCCCCAGCUCCAGCCCCUCCCAUGGAAGCGGAACCAUUUAAUGAAACUGCUCCUCCUCCACCGCAUGCUCCACCGCCACAUAAGCCCCCUCCCCUACCCCAUCGCCCUCCUCCACCUCCACCCUCCAACUACAUUAUGUCCACCACCAGCUCGUACAUGUCCGGGGAAGGCUACCAGAGCCUGCAGUCGCUAAUGAAGACAGAAGGUCCCUCCUACGCCCCGAUGCCACCCAGCUACGCACCCCCAUUACCGCCAUAUCACCCCCACGUCUAUCCACCCCCUGCGGCACCCCCUCCAGGCCCGCCGCCUCCUCCUUCCAACUACCCGCCACCCAACUUGGCGCCAACGUAUCCGCCACCAGGCUACAACAGCUACCCUCCACCGCCGCCUCCACGCAUGCUGUCGGGCCAUGUACCCCCUCCAGUUAUAGGCCUCCCGCCCACUGGGUAUCCCCCACCCCCCGGUCCCCCAGGACAGUCACAGGUGCCCCUGCCCCCUCCGCCUGGCAUGCCUAUGAAUCAUGGAGGGUGGAUGAGAUGAGAGUAAACAGUCCAUGAACUGAAUGCGUGCAGUUCAUGGAAAACAACCAGGAACUUGUUGGGCUUGUAUUCAUGGAGGGAGAGAUUGUUCUCUUCCAGCAUGACUUUUGUUGAGGAGGUUCUUAAUGAAGGCGUACCAAGAAGUAGACUUGAAAAGGAACAGUGAUGUCUGGACAGGACUGUUACGAGAACCUGCAAUGGCACUGAAAGACUGCUUGGUGUUCCAGGAUCUUGUAACAAACACUGUCCACUUAUUAUUUUUCUGCAAAUGUUGGCAUACUAAAUUUAGUUGUGGGCUGAUGAAAUGUACUUUGAUCUAUUCAGAAGGUCUAGUAAAAACAAAGGUCGACUCAUAUUUCUUUCUGUAUACCCUAAUUGUGUCUUGACCUGCAUUUUUAGUUAUGUCACUGUCUUUUUUUUUCAUUUCCAAUGUUUUGCUAAGAAAACCGGCGUAAUAUAAUCUUGAGAUUGUUGUACAUGCAGUAGUGAAAUAUAAAGAUUAUGACACUGACAAAUGUAGAUGAAUAUACAGUGAUUUAUGCUGUAUAUCCUUUGUCAUAAUGCUUUCUAUUUUGUGGACGCACUACCAUAGCAUUCAUUCUAUCACUCAUUUCCUGUCCCAUUAUUUUUAAUGAUUUGGCACUGCAGACAUGAUCUAGAUACAAUAGACAGUCUAAGGUGUAUCUGUACAUAUCUUUUCAUUUAACCAUUUCUUCUUGAAUGUUUUCUAUCCAUAUGUGCCUUAGUCAGGCUUCUCUUUUCUGUAUCCUGCACGCAGCUUUGCUUUUGUGUCCGAGUGGCACUUAAAAUAAAGACCUGCUUUCCUACUUUGAA